AUGAAUCAUUCAAAAUAGACUAAACAAAAGUCCAACAUUGAAAAUUGUUCCGAAUCUGAAUAAGAGGAAACGUUAAAAAAAUCAUUGAACGCUUAAUCCCAAUCCUUAUUUUAAACCUCCUUGUUCACUGCCUUAGAUUCGCAAAUUAAACAAUUUAACAAGAAACCAAUCGUUAAAAAAUCUAUGACCGAAUUCCUUAACAAUUAUGAUUAGAAUUUUGAUGAUGUUUUUGGAACUAUGAAUUUGCCCGUAGGUGAUGUUCAUCUGAAUCAUUAAGUAAAUAAAAAGAAUUCUUCAAACAACAUUGAUACCAGAUAGAAAAGUAAUAGUAAUAGAAAUAGAAAGUAAUAAAAAAAAAAGAGACCAAUAGAAACACUAAAUUCAGAAUCUGAAUCUGAAUAAGAAUUUGAAUCAGAUUCUGAAUCAGAUUCUUAUUCUAAUUCAGAAAUUUAUACUGUAACCAAGAAGUAAUCGAAAUAAAUUGCAGCUGUAAAAAAGAAAUAAUCUAAAAGGACUUUGGAUUCAGAAUCAGAUGAUGAUAAUCAAGAAGAAUAUGAAUAAUUUUUAAAAAUUGAAAAUAAAAUUACAAAAAAUAAUAAACCAAAAACAUAAACAAAAUUCAAUAAUAAAUAAUCAUCUGAAGAAUAAUCCAUUGAAAACAAAAAGCAUGAUCCAAAUUCUUUAGAUAUGGCAUCAAAUAAUGCUAAUAAAAAAGAAAAGAAAGCUUAAAAAUUGAAAACAGCAAUUUUCAAUUUUAAUAAAGGUGAACCUGAAACCAAAAAACAAAAUAAAUCCAAUAAGAAAAACGGCAAAGAUGCUCAAUAAGAUACUAAUAAAAAAUAGAACCCAAAAACAAAAAAUAAAAAAUAGAAUGAAUAAGAUAAUGAUCCUAAGAAUGAGAAGAUUUAAUAGUUAAUUAAAGAAUAUUAAAAAUAAGAGUAAGAAUUACAACAACAAAAUCUCACUAAUAAAAAAGAUAAAUCACAAAAAGAGAAUGGAACUAAAAAUAAAACAGAAAAUGAAGAUAAAAACCCUAUGUUAAAUUUAGACAAUAUUAAAGUGAAUUCUCUAAUUCCACAAUGCCGCCCUAAAAAAGAUACAGAUGAUGAAGAUGAUUAAUGA